CGCAGGUUUGCCAUUGGCUCCUGCCUCUUGGCUUUGCCGGACGGUUGUGUUGUCAGCGAAAGAACCUAGACACUUUUCUUUGCCAAAUUCACUCUCACUUUCUCUCUCUCUCUCUCUCUCUCUCUCAAACAUAAUCAAACACACGGCGUUCCCCCCCUUCUUCCAUGGCACAGAUUGCAUUAACUCCUUCGGCAACCCUUGUUUCCUUCAAAGGUGGAGCAAAACGAGGGGCUAAGUUAAGUUCAGAUACUUCGAGACUGAGAGUGUCUAGGAUUGGGACCAAUUUAUGGUUGUUAAACAAAAGUGGUGGAAGUGGAAGUAAAGGCUUUGGAUUAGUUGGUUCCGAUAGAAUAUAUAGAGGAAACAGAGGUGUUGUGAAGGUAUCCGAUGGUCAAGCAGCCCCCUUGUCUGACUCUUAUUUCUGGGCGGCAGCUAAUAAGGCAAAUUCAGAGCCGUCGGAUCGAGACCCAUCAACGAAAAUGAAAGGUACAAGCAGAUUCUUCACGAUCGGGCUCGUCGCAGCGUGGUACUCCUCCAACAUUGGAGUCCUAUUGCUAAACAAGUACUUGCUGAGCAAUUACGGGUUCAAGUACCCGAUCUUUUUGACCAUGUGUCACAUGACGGCUUGCUCGUUGCUGAGCUACGUGGCAAUCGCGUGGAUGAAGAUGGUGCCUAUGCAGACGAUUCGGUCCCGGGUUCAGUUCUUUAAGAUCGCGGCGCUGAGCCUCGUGUUCUGCGUGUCGGUUGUGUUCGGGAACAUAUCGCUCCGAUUCUUGCCCGUCUCCUUCAACCAGGCUAUUGGGGCUACCACGCCGUUUUUCACUGCGGUUUUUGCGUACAUUAUGACUCUGAAGAGGGAGGCUUGGCUUACUUAUGUUACUCUCAUUCCUGUUGUCACUGGAGUCAUCAUUGCAAGUGGGGGUGAACCGAGUUUCCAUCUGUUUGGGUUCAUAAUCUGUGUUGCAGCUACAGCUGCAAGGGCACUCAAGUCAGUGCUACAGGGGAUUUUGCUCUCUUCAGAAGGGGAGAAGCUGAAUUCUAUGAACCUCCUUCUAUACAUGGCUCCAAUAGCUGUUGUUUUUCUGCUACCUGCAACGCUUAUUAUGGAAGAAAAUGUGGUUGGCAUCACACUAGCUCUUGCUAGAGAUGAUCACAAGAUCAUCUGGUAUCUACUAUUCAAUUCAUCGCUGGCAUAUUUUGUAAAUCUGACCAAUUUCUUGGUCACGAAACACACUAGUGCACUCACUCUUCAGGUACUAGGAAAUGCUAAAGGGGCAGUGGCUGUGGUGGUUUCAAUUUUAAUUUUUAGAAAUCCCGUGUCGGUGACUGGAAUGCUUGGUUACUCGCUUACAGUCAUGGGAGUUAUACUCUACAGUGAAGCCAAGAAACGAAGCAAAUGAUAUGAUUCUGGAAAGCAGUAAGGGGAUUUUCCUAUAUUUUGUUCUUCUACAGCGAGGAUAGCAUCAACCCACAUGGAGGCAAAAGUUUGGGCCAACGUACUAGCAGUUUGAGGUGGAUUUUGCCCUCUAAACUCUAUUUUUUGCGGGAAGCCUUCAGAGAUUGGCUUCCACUUGUAUCAGCAACAACUCAGGAUUAGCCAAAGAAGUAGAAAAAUUCAAUAAGUGACUUAUAUACCUCUAUUAUUCCUAGCUUGGGGUUUUGGAGGACUUUUUUUUAAUCUUCUUUUAUUCUUUCAGGAAAGGAUUGUAGAAUUGGAUCUCUACACAAUCAGUCUGUUAUUAACAUUUCUUAUAUUGAUUAAUUAAUGAAAACAUUCAUAAUCUCACCA